UUGUGACUACCUUUGUGCCUUCAACGAGCAAAAUCGGCAAACUGGGUUUUGGCGUGAGCGUGUGCGUGCGGUGAAAAUUCUACAAUUUUGUGAACCGGAAAGUAUCUACAUCAGCAAAAUCCACGCUUAUUUGGGGUUCGAUAGCUCAGUUGUAGCUAUUUGAAGCAAUAUUGUGACAGUUAUUCACUAUUUAUUCGCUUUGCAUUAAGGCGUUUUAGCGGCCAACUGCAAGUAAUGGUGGGGUCACGCGUGUAUGUUGGUGGUUUGCCGUAUGGCGUCAGGGAACGCGACUUGGAGCGUUUCUUUAAAGGUUAUGGCAGGACGAGAGAUAUUCUGAUCAAGAAUGGCUAUGGCUUUGUUGAGUUUGAGGAUUAUCGUGAUGCUGAUGACGCCGUCUACGAAUUAAACGGGAAAGAGCUAUUGGGUGAAAGAGUUGUUGUGGAACCAGCAAGGGGUACCGCUCGUGGGCCAAGCGGUUACCGCGAAAGAGAUAGGUACGAUAGAGAUCGCCGUGGUGGAAGGUAUGACAAAUAUAAAAGCAAUUCCAGGAACAGUUCCCGUUAUGGACCCCCACUCCGUACCGAAUACCGUCUGGUCGUGGAGAAUUUGUCGACCCGUGUCAGCUGGCAGGCGGCUGCCCUUAUUUCAUGAUGAGAGAAGUCAUAGAACUAGGGUUUACACAAGAUAAUGUGUGGUAGCGUCGUUUGAUUGCUUCCCUUCGAAUGGCUAGUGAUUGACCACUGGGAGACGUGCAGCAGCCUAAUUAACAUGGAUGUUUGGAGGUACUGGUGGGGUGGACCUCCACCGUUCCUCUCCGUGCAGGAUGAUAACACCCAACGAGAGAGAUGUCAUGGUUGAUCUGGGCACAUGGAUCAGCACUCGACUACCGAUAGCACAUAUGCUGAAACACCGCUCAGCAGAUCAUAAAAGAAACUUACAUUCCUGGACGAUUAAUUUGACGGCUACUGAUGAUACCACUCCAAUCCAGACGUAGUUCGCAAAAAAGUGUAACUCAUGCACCAAGUACGAUCAGAUAUUAUUACUGAACACCGUUGAAUCAAUGCACACCAAUCAUACCAAGUUGCGGGUAGAUGGUGUUCAGGAGCUCCUUCCAUAUAUGAUUCGGAAAUCAUAGGCACCGGACUUCCCCUCUCUGGCCAACAUCGACCACAUACUUCGGAUACAGCAUACUGGGGCAAACUUCCAACCGUGUGUUCCAGCAAAAAAGUACCGUUAUUGUUCCAUUGGUUUUCAUUUCUUAUAUUUUCUUUCCUAUUCAACUGUUCUUGCCCUAAUCAAUGGUACACUAAUUCUUGAAAAUUUUUCACAUUGAUUAAUUUUGAAGAUUUGUGCGCGCCCAAGGAUCGACUGCUGCCCCUUGGUCGUCUGAUGAUUGUAAGAGGGGAUGACGUUAUGAAAUGGCAUGAGCGUGAUGGAUGAACUCCCAAGUGAUAUUCUCCUUCGAUCGCCACAGGCCAGCGGAGUCAGUAUGUGGUUAAGGACUUCUCGUCUAGGCAUUUUAUCAAGAUCUGCUCUACUACUUUGGAUUGCUAUAGAAAAUUGAGUGAAAAGGUUGGAUUCGAAUAUCUCAGCUAUCUACGAUGUUUCCUUCCACUGGUACUAAUUUUGUUGGAAUCAUCGCAGUUCUACAAAUGCAGAAGAGACAGGAGAAUGUCCGUUACAUAAUUACCUCCACCAUAGUCAUCCUUUGAGACGAAGGCCGCUAAACAAUUUCAACGCCUGAUGAGGUAUCACUCGUUCUAACGAUGGCUAAUAAUGUACUCGUUUCCAAUUCAACCCUUACUGCUGCGACGUGAAAUAGUGCACGGUUACUACUCUCGCUCUCUCGUACGCCUGAAACUAGUGUUGGAAUAUAGUAUUCCCUGUGGACUGAAGGGGAUCCUACUCCGCGAGAGAAAAGACGAGACUUGGCCCUUGGAUGUGUGAUGAACGCGAACCGGCGGCGAUGUCAUCGGGAUCGGUCCAUCCUAAGCGUCAUAGACGAAUGCUCUUUUCCUUUUUUCUUUUCUAUUUUCAAGCUUUGACUGUUCUCCUCCGUCGCCAAAUGCGUAUUUCAAUCCAUUUCAUCCUCCCGAGAGCAUGGACACUCAUCGGUUGUGGCUGGAGAGAAGAUGAUGACACAAGCACGAUGAGGUUUAGUCACCUGUCUACCAUACUGCCCGUACCAUCUUCUUUUCUUGUAAUCAAUGGCAAUGGCGCUGUAGUUACCUAUUCUCCCCCGGAUGUUGCGUGGAUGUUUUGGAAGAUGAUCAUUUCCGAGGGUUCUGCGUUAAGCUGCAACAGGAGGAACGUCCAUUCGCGUACACUAAGGUGGAAAAUCUUCGGGUGUCGCUCUGAUGUCCUUUUCAUUCAUCGGAUGCUAUUCUUUAAUGCCAUUUUUGGUGUCGUCGAUUGUGUUCCCCUUCGAAGAAGUGAGAUCCCAUCACAGAGGUCGGAGGCACUAAGUGAAGGAUCGAUACCACCCUUUUGGCAUUUAACGAUGAUUCCAGCUAUGUGAGUGACGGUCAUGCUCGCUCGGUAUCCACACUAAACACACACAUGCAUGAGGAGAGGUCAAAUCUAUGGUUCUGUGAACAUGAGAAAGGAAAGAUGAUUCAUUGACUGUCCCAAAUACCAAAACUGUGUCCGGCCGUAAAGGUAAUGGUCGAUAUUUUUAGAUUUUGAUUUCAUCUUUUUACUUUAAACGUUUCUUUGAAUCUUAAUCGUUUUUGUCCCUUUCAAUAUUCUGUUUUUUAUUGAUGGUUAGAAGAAUGUGAAAACUGUCGAUUGCAAUACUGCUAGUUUAGGUUAUAGUACGAAUUGUUUGUCUCCCCUACAAUUUUUAUAUCCUCUGCUAAUUCAAUCAAGGAAAUGAACUAUCCUGAUUAAAGUGUAUUUUUGAAAAUAUGAUUUAAACAAAAUCAUUGUCACCAAUUGUCCAAUUUUUUUUAAAACAAAGAUUAGGUAAGCAUGCAAUUUUGCAGCCUGGAAAGUAUAAGUAUGUUGAAAAAGGACAUAAUGAAAAGAAUCAUAAAACAUAUCGUUGUAAGACGUCUCAACAUAGACUUCCUGAAGCGGAUUUCACAUAAAAACGAGCAUAGCAAAGACCACAAAUCGAUUUAUGGUGAAACACAUCCAGAGAAGGAGCCGGAGAAUGAUACACUGUUAUCUCAAGAAGCGGAAUUAUCUAGUCGCUGAACGAAUGACUGAUCCUCGUUUACCAAAGAAACAUAAUAAUGGUGAAAUAUGUUUUAACAAUGAGAAAGACAGCAUGAUGAUUGUGUAUACUUAACUGUAUACUGGGAGGAAUCAACUUGGCGAAAAUCGACUACAUUCAUCCUGAUCCUGACCUGUAAACCGAAUCUAAACCAACAGCCACUGAUGGGAAGAUGCUGAGACUGAUGGAGAAUUUCUAGACCACACAACCCAGAAAAUGAAGACACAUUACCGGUUAUAAAACGAUGAAACGAAACAAAUUGAAAAAAAAAAAAACAUAUUCAGCAUUUCUUAAUUUACUGCAACACAUUCUGCAAAAGGCAUUGGACUUGCCCUGCGUGCUUAAAGAUCGUACAAUGAUUCUUUUCAUUAUGCCUGAUAUUAGAAAAAUACGUACCGAAAGAGCGAACGGACCGGCAAAAAUGAUACAUUAAGGCGUCUCAUUAUUCUCAUCGAUAGAUAUUGAAACUUAUAUACUUUUGGUAUAUUUUUUUAUUCUCUCUUUAAUGUGUGCAUUGUAAGCGCAUAUGAUGUGA